UUCCACCCCCUUCCCUUGCCCUCCACCCACCCUGCUCCAGCCCUGGGCAGCAUCCCCUCCCAAACUUGGGAGUCCAGGAAGGCUGGGAGUCUUCCGUUUGACAUCACAGAGCUGGUUGCCACGGGAGACCUGCAGACCCAAGUGGGGGAGAGCAGAGCCCUGCUGCACAGGAGGCCCAGCUGCUCCUCCCCCACCACGCUGGCCCUCCAUGGAAGCCUUGGUCUGUGCGUUCUCUGAGCUGCGCAUAAGAGAAGAUGCAGUGAGCUGGGCCCGAGGACAUCCCAGCCACCCCGACACACCACCCAACAUCUACGAGGGGGGGCUGGGGGCCCAGCAGCAGCAGUGCCCCAGUGCCCAGGGAAGCAAGCCCAAGAACUUCCGGCUGCGCCACCUCCGGGGCCUGGCUCUCUACCUGCCGGGCCACAUGCAGGCUGCUGGCCGGUGUGAGAGCCACUGGCUAGGCCGGCUCAUGGCCAGGGGCUGCCUCCCACGGCCUGAGGGCAUGGCCUGGCCCCUAGACCUGCCACAGGGGACUCUGGGCUCCGUUAACAGCCAUUGCUCAGCCCUUCUGAAAGCUCCAGUGCCCAGGGACAGCCUGGGAAAUACAGCUUCCAGUUCCAGCAUGGACCCAGCCAAGGGUGUCCCCUCCCAGCCGGGUCCCUCCGAAGGCUUGGGGCUCAGGCCCAAGAGGUCCUGGGGGGCCUCAGAGGAGUCCACAUGUCCCUUAUGCAAGCGAACCCGCUCUGGGGCUCUGGAGAGACCAUAGGGAUCUGAGUGCCAAGCCUGGCUGUCCCAGCUGUGGACAGGAGGAAAAAGGAUGGCUCAGGAGGAGGCAGGCUCAGGAGGAGGCAGAAAGGGCUCAGUCCCUACCGGCAGUCGUCCCACACUGAGACACCCCAGCAGCUGCCCAGCACCAGAGCUUAGGCCAGCCUCAGGAAGAAGACUCAAGGGGGGGAGGGAGGAGGAAGUCCUGCAGGAGGAACAGAAAAAAUAGAAACCCUUGCAGCCUGCUCCAGCUCAGGUCGGCCAAUUGUCCCUGGGAGGCCAGGCUGAGCGGAGAUUUAGGCCCCAAGAGGCCAGGGAGCCCGCAGGUCUAAUUUCAAUAAAAGCCAAGGCCUGCACCUUCUUGUCCCUGGGUCUGUCUGUGGCGAGGUCAAUGCAGAGAAAGAGCCUCUUGGAGCACCUGCCAUCUGUGUUGAGAGUGAACUUCCGGGUUGAUGCCAGGGAAGAUCCACGGUGCUGCUGGUGUUGGCUGAGAGGUGAACGUCCUCCUCUGGCGGGGGAAACUCCUCGAAGUCUUCCUGGAUGCACAUCUCAAC